AGUAGGUGCCUGGUGGAGCGACACAGAGAGAGAGAGGACAGAAACCUCGACGCACCGCUCUCCAGGACUGCACACUAACUUCCCUUCCUUCCUCUGCUGUAGUUUGCAACGCAUUUCCCUCCAAAUGCUUGUGUCCUACAGAAGUUAACGGCUCAUCUCUCUUUACACUCAGAUUCAUUUAUUCCUCAAGCUUUUUUGCUCGGAGCGGACCGCGCGAACAGGUGGAGAUGAUGGUGAGCGGACCGGCGCCGCUCGGCGCUGCGCUCUCCCCGGCCCGGCGCACCCAGACGCGGGUCGCGCUGCUGCUGUGGCCGCUGUUCGUGACCUGCUGCCACUUGGUGUCGGCGCAGGAGCUUUCCAUCAACGGGGUGAACGGAUACAGCCUGCACCCGCCCUACUUCAACCUGGCCGAGGGCACCAAGAUCACCGCCUCUGCGACCUGCGGGGAGGAAGACACCGGCAGGACCGUGCAAGACCUGUACUGCAAGCUGGUCGGAGGCCCGGUGUCCGGAGACCCGAGCCAGACCAUCCAGGGCCAGUACUGUGACAUCUGCAGCCAGGGCGACAGCGAUCGCGCCCAUCCCAUCACCAACGCCAUCGACGGGACGGAGCGAUGGUGGCAGAGCCCGCCUCUGUCCCGCAGCACAGAGUUCAACGAGGUGAACGUCACCCUGAACCUCGGACAGCUCUUCCACGUCGCCUACGUGUUGAUUAAGUUCGCGAACUCUCCCCGUCCGGACCUUUGGGUUCUGGAGAGAUCCAUCGACUUUGGGCAGACCUACCAACCCUGGCAGUUCUUCGCCUCCUCCAAGAGAGACUGUAUUGAGCGUUUUGGACAGAGGACCAUCGAGAGGAUCAACAAUGAUGACGAUGCCAUCUGCACCACCGAAUACUCGCGUAUAGUCCCGCUGGAAAAUGGAGAGAUCGUGGUGUCCUUGGUGAACGGUCGGCCCGGGGCGAUGAACUUCUCCUACUCACCAGUACUGAGGGAGUUCACCAAGGCCACCAACAUCAGGCUCCGCUUCCUGAGAACCAACACGCUGCUGGGACACCUGAUGGGCAAGGCGCUCCGUGACCCCACUGUCACCCGCAGGUAUUACUACAGUAUCAAAGACAUCAGUAUCGGAGGACGCUGUGUGUGUAACGGACACGCUGAGGCCUGCAACGCAGAGGACCCCAACGACCCCUACAAGUUGCUGUGUGACUGUCAGCACAACACCUGUGGUGUGUCUUGUGACCAGUGUUGCCCCGGAUACAACCAGCUACCAUGGAAACCGGCCACGACCUACAGCGCCAACGAGUGCGAACCGUGUAACUGUCACCGUCACUCGUUUGACUGCUACUACGACCCUGAGGUUGAUCAGAGGAGAGGCAGCUUUGAUGUCCACGGACAUUACAGAGGAGGCGGAGUCUGCCUCAACUGUCAGCAUCACACCACUGGAGUCAACUGUGAGCGCUGCAUCCCCACCUACUACAGGUCACCUGACCACCCCAUCGAAUCCCCACUGGCCUGCUCACGCUGCAACUGUCAGUCAGAUUUUACAGAUGGUACCUGUGAGGAUCUGACCGGUCGCUGUUUCUGCAAACCAAACUACACUGGAGAGAACUGCGACUCCUGCGCCAGCGGCUUCAUUAACUUCCCCAGCUGUUACCCCAUCCCCACCUAUCCCACCAACAACAACGGCGAGGCCAAACCAGCAGGAGAGAUCAUCAACUGUGAGUGCAGUGCAGCUGGCACUGUUGAUAACUCCUGCAGGCCGGAUCCCCGAACUCGGACCUGCGUCUGUAAACCAGGUUUCACUGGUGACCACUGCGACACCUGCGCUCCAGGUUUCUAUGGACUCAACUGUCAGGCCUGUCAGUGUUCAGCUCCCGGCUGUCUGGACGGGUCAUGUGACUUGUUGACUGGUAGCGGCGUGUGUCGGAGUGGUUUCCAAGGUUACGAAUGCGACCAAUGUGCACCGGGCUACUACAACUACCCGCUCUGCCAACUGUGUGGUUGCAGUACAGUCGGCUCCCUGCCUGAAGGCUGCGAUGCGUCUGGUCGUUGUCUGUGCAAACCAGAGUUUCAGGGUCCUCGAUGUGAACAGUGCAGAUCUGGAUUCCACUCCUACCCCAACUGUCAAGUGUGCACCUGUGAUCCCCGCACCUCAUUGGACACCAGCUGCACUGCAUCAGGUCACUGCCACUGCCAGCCCAAUUACAGCGGAGCGUCAUGUGACCAGUGCGCUCCAGGUUACUAUGGUUACCCAAGCUGCACACCCUGCCAGUGUUCUGGACAGGGCUCCCGCUACACCAGCUGUGACCAGGUGACCGGACAGUGUGUGUGUCUGCCCAACGUGGUUGGACUGAGGUGUGACAGCUGUGCACACGGCUCCUACGGCUUCCCCAACUGCCAAGCUGGUACCUGCCACCCUGCCGGUUCUGUUCAGUAUGCGGUGCUGCCACCAGUGGGCCAAUGUGAGUGCCGUCAGCGUGUGGAGGGCCCGGCCUGUGACGUAUGUAAACCUCUGUACUGGAACCUCUCCCCUGACACUCCUGAUGCAUGCUCCAGCUGUGAGUGUAACAUUGCAGGUACUGUCAGCAGCGUUGCAGAAUGUGCACAGGAAACUGGUCAGUGUCACUGUAAGCCCAACGCUUGCAGUGGAACCUGCUCUACCUGUAAAGAUGGCUACUACAACCUGCAGGAGCACAACUACUUCGGCUGCCAGGGUUGCCAGUGUGACAUUGGAGGCUCAGCGGGUCAGUCUUGUGGAGAGAGGAACGGCCGUUGUCGCUGCAGACCUAACGUGGAGGGACCGAAGUGUAAUCUACCUCGUCCAGAUCAUUACUUCCCAGACCUUCAUCAUCUGAAGUUUGAGAUUGAGGAGGGAACCCUGCUGGAUGGCCGACCGGUGCGAUUCGGCUACAACCCUCUGGAGUUCCCAGACUUCAGCUGGAGAGGCUACGCUCAGAUGUCCCCCAUCCAGUCCAAAGUGUUGGUGUCGGUGUCGGUGAGCUCUCCAGACCUCUUCCAUGUGGUGCUACGCUACAUUAACUGGGGGGGUUCGGAUGUUCUGGGCAGGGUGUCGGUCAUAGAGGACGGCUGGAACUACUACUGUGGUAACUGUUCAGAACAGUCCAAACAGAUCGUCUUUGCUCCCAGCUCGGAGCCAACCUUUGUCAACGUUCCCCAGAACAACUUUGUGGAGCCGUUUGUCCUGAACCCGGGAACCUGGACUGUGGUUAUAGAGGCUGAGGGAAUCCUGCUGGAUUACCUGGUCCUGCUGCCCAGUGCCUACUACGAAGCUCCCAUCCUGCAGAUCAGAGUUACUGAGCCCUGCACGUACAGCUCUGUGCCUGAAGCCAGCCAGAACUGUCUGCUGUACAGGUAUCUGUCUCUGGACUCCUUCCCCUCCUUCUCCGGCAACGAUGCCAGCUGCGUCAACGACAACCACCUGCCGCGCCCCUGCCCAACUGAGAGGGUCACCCCGCGCCACCACAUGGCCGUCUGCAGUGGCUACGAUAUCAGCGUCGAGCUGCGAGGGCGUCUGCCGUCUCCAGGUGAUUAUGUUCUGGUCGUAGAAUAUUCCAGCGAGGAAGAAUUGCCACAAACUCUGUCUGUCGCUGUUAAUAUGCCGGGAGCACGAACACACCAGCACCGCGUCACCCUGCUGCACUGCAAGUACAGCUUCCUGUGUCGAGUCGUGGCCAUCGACGAACAGAACAGGGUGGCUGUCUUCUCUCUCCCCGCUGACACCGAGAUCCAGCUUACCUCCGACCGCGCCAGCUUCUUCCUGCACAAAGUGUACCUGGUGCCUAAAGACCAGUUUACCAUGGAGUAUGUUGAACCUAAAGUCCACUGCAUCAGCACUCAUGGACAGUUUUCACCUGACAGUUCCUCCUGUGUCCCCUCGCGCUUCCAGACCCCGUCAGACUCGCUGGUCCUGAAGGAGGGCCAGAGCUCCUCUAUGCAGGAGUCCAUCCUGGUCUCCCCUGCAGCAGCUCCUCCUCUGCCCUUCCACCAGAGAGACAAUCUGGCCUGGACCGGAGGAGACAGACCUCCCCACGGAGCAGAUAACAGCGACCACAUCAGGCUGGAUUCACUGCAGAAUGCAGCAGUGUAUUCGACCCGUGUCCAUGCCCUGGGGCGUUAUGUCUUCAUCCUCCACUAUCACCAGCCUCUCCACCCCACUUAUCCUGUGCAGGUCUACAUUAACGGUGGACGAAUCUGGCAGGGUCACGCAAAUGCCUCAUUCUGUCCCCACGCUUACGGCUGCCGUAACGUCCUGGUCUCUGAGAAUCAGAUCAUUCUGGAUGUGACGGACCACGAGGUCUUCCUCACAGUGCAGAUACCUGUUGGCAAGACGCUGUGGCUGGACUAUGUGCUGGUUGUGCCUGAGGCCAGCUACAGCUCCAGCUACCUGAAUGAGCAACCUCUGGAUAAAUCAUACGACUUCAUCAGCAACUGUGGCCAAAACAGCUUCUACAUCAAUCCUUCCACCGCCUCUCCGUUCUGCCUCGGCUCUGCGGUGUCUCUGUCGGCCUUCUUCAACAACGGGGCGAUGCCCUGCGCCUGCCACGAGGUCGGAGCCGAGAGCGACACCUGCGAGGCGUUCGGCGGGCAGUGCCGCUGUAGGCCAAACGUGAUUGGCCGUGACUGCUCCAUGUGCGCCACGGGCUACUGGGGAUUCCCCAACUGCAGACCCUGUAACUGUGGUACAAGGUUAUGUGAACCGGUGACCGGUGACUGUAUCUGCCCUCCGAGGACUCUACACCCAGAGUGCACCCAGUGUGAGCCCCAGACGUUUGGCUGCCACCCAGUGGUGGGGUGUGAGGUCUGCAACUGCUCUCGGCCUGGCAUCGUGUCCCCCGAUGUGAGCUGCGAUACGCUCAGCGGACAGUGCAGAUGUAAGAACAACAUCGUCGGCCGUCAGUGUGACCGCUGUGCUCCCGGUUUCUAUGGUUACCCCAACUGCAGGCCAUGUGACUGCAAUGAGGCAGGAACUGAGGAGGAAGUGUGUGACUCCUUCACAGGACAGUGUCUCUGCAAGGAGAACGUCCAGGGUUCCCGAUGUGAUCAGUGCAGAGUUGGUACGUUCCACUUGGACCCAACCAACCCUAAGGGCUGCACGAGCUGCUUCUGCUUCGGAGCCACCGACCGCUGUCGCAGCUCUGACAAAAGACGCACCGAGGUUAUGGACAUGGAGGGCUGGGUGUUGCUAGGAGCAGACAGACAGGAAGUGCCGGUCGCAGUGUAUCCUGGUCAGGACCUUGUAGAGGCUGACCUCAGCGACGUGCCAGAUGUCUACCAGGACCUCCACUGGCACGCACCGAAGACUUACCUGGGAGACAAGGUCUCAUCCUACGGAGGUUAUCUGAGGUAUCGUCUCCACACUCAGACCAUGAGAGGCGACGUGUUGUCUCUGCCAGCAGAGGCCUCCAGGCCUGACAUCAUUCUCAAGGGUAACCAAAUGACCCUGGUGUUCAUGGAGAGAGAGUACUCCUCACCUGAAGAGCCUCACCUGGGAAUAGUUCACAUAGUCGAGGGAAGUUUCCGUCACGUUCAGACCGGCAACUUGGUGUCUCGGGAGGAGCUGAUGAUGGUUCUGGUCAGUCUGGAGUCUCUGCAGAUCCGAGCCCUGCACUCCCAGUCGGCCCACUCCGUAUCGCUCCGCGGCGCCGUGCUGGAGGGCGCAGACAGCCUGCCUGCCGGUCGCCAUGCCAACAACGUGGAGAUCUGCAUGUGUCCCGCCAACUACCUGGGGGACUCGUGUCAGAAAUGUGCUCCAGGUUACUACAGAGACACUAUUGGCCUGUUUCUGGGUAAAUGUGUUCCCUGUAACUGUAACGGACACUCUGACCAGUGUCUGGAUGGAUCUGGAAUCUGUGUGGGCUGCCAGCAUAACACAGCCGGUGACCACUGUGAGAAGUGCCUGGGUGGUUUCCUUGGCAACAACACUCUCGACGGGCAGGCAGUGUCAUGCUCCAGUUGUCCCUGCCCGCUGAGGGUCCCAUCCAACAAUUUUGCAGACCGUUGUUUGCAGAAAAGCGACAGGAUGCAGUGUCUGUGCAUGCCGGGUUACGCUGGACCACAGUGCGAAAGGUGUGCCCCCGGUUACUACGGCAACCCCAUGGUGCUCGGCAGUAGGUGCCAGCUGUGCAAUUGCCACGGCAACACGGACCCCAACAUGCUGUUCACCGACUGUCACCCGCUGACCGGCGUGUGUCUCAGCUGCAUGCACAACACGGCCGGGCCUCACUGUGACACCUGCGCUCCCGGUUACUACGGAGACGCCAUCACCGCCAAAAACUGCACCAAAUGCAACUGUUCUCCGUGUGGCACCGAGUCAUGUGACCCUCAAACUGGAGAGUGUCGGUGUAAAGCUGGAGUCACCGGGCCGCGCUGUGAACGCUGUGUGGAUGGCUCGUUUGGCUUCGACUCGUGCUCCGGCUGUCGUCAGUGCGACUGUGACGCCUCUGCAGCUCUCGUCCAGCCGUGUGACCCUCAGAGCGGUCAGUGCGCCUGUCGGCCCGGAGUCAACGGGCCAAACUGCAAACAGUGCGCUCCUGGACACUGGGACUACGGACCCAACGGAUGCAAGAGGUGCAACUGUAGAGGAGGUCGCUGUGACCCCCGGACAGGAGAGUGCCGCUGUCCUGACGGGAUGACAGGGAAACAGUGCGACACCUGCUCACAAAAAUACACUGUUCCUGUAGACCACCACCAUCAUGGCAUGCACUGUGAGCCGUGUGACAGCUGUGUCAUCGUGCUGUUGGAGGAUCUGGACAAGAUGAACGACGACUUCCGCUCAGUAUCCGAUCAGCUGAGCAGUCUCAACGCCAGCUCCAUGGCCUGGGCUCAGCUGCACAAUCUUAACAAGUCUGUGGAGGACAUUGCACGUGCCAUAGAGAACUACAACAGUACGCUGGAUGAGAGCAGGAGUCGGGCCGACUUGCUGGAUGCUGAGAUCAUGAAUAUCGAUGAUGACAUUGAUGAACUGCAGGGCAAGGCGACAGCGUUGACUGACAGGGUUGGUGACCUGCGGGACAGUACCACUAACACACACCAGAGGGCACAAGAUCUCCUGUCCUUCAUCAACAACGUGACCAUGGAUUUAAACAAUAUCAUGCUGAUGGCAAACCGUUCCUCGCUGAAUGACACGGAGGCAGAGCAGGACGACGGGGAGAGGGAGAGGAAGAUGAGGGAGGUGCAGGCCAUGCUGAGGGAGAUGAGGUACAGGAGCUGUGUGGGACAGAAGAAACUGGCUGACAGGGAGAAGACAGAGGCAGAGAAACUGUUGGAUCGUGUAAACAAACAGUUGGCAGGUCGUCAGGGAGACAACAAUGACUUGGCCAAGGCUAUCAGAGACCGUCUGGCCCGCUUCCACUCUGAGAUGAUGGAUCUCCGAGACGCCCUGAACGAAGCUGUGAACAACACCGCCAGAGCCGCAGAGAUGAACAACGUCAAUGAGAAAACCCUGGAGGACAACAAGAGGAGGAUAGAAGACCUGCUGUUGAAGCAGAAGGAGGUGAACGACCAGUUACAGAUGGCUGAAGAUGAUGUAGCUCAGGUCAACGAUGUGCUGUCCAUGCUGCACGACUCCAAAGAGGAGUACGAGCGGUUGGCGGCCCAACUGGACGGCGCCAGGACACCAUUGGCAAAGAAAGUGCAGAACUUUGCUCGGGCCGACUCCAAAAUUCCCCUGGUGGAGGAAGCCGAGAAACACGCUGAGCUGCUGAACGCUUUAGCCAUGAACCUGUCUAGUUUGGUUGCAGAAACUAAGAGGGGGGGAUUUGUGGAUGUAACACAAGGCUACAACAAGAUCAUCAACAGCAUCAAGGAGGCAGAGGAGGCUGCCAAGAUGGCCGACAAGGCUGCCAACGACACUGUGGAGAACAUAAAGGACCAGGACCUCGGUCAGAUCGCUGAUUCUCUGAAGAACCGCAGCGUGGAGCUGAAGGAGGAAGUCAAAAGGCUAAAUAAUGAACUCAACAACAACCUGAAGCCGCAGCUGGAAGAUGCUCAGAGGCGACUGGAUGACGCCAAAACCAAACAGGUUGAUGUGAUGAAGGACCUGGAGACAGUUCAGAACAACCUCAACUCUACCACAAAUGUUAGUCAGGAGAUUGCCGAGGCAAAGCGAGUGGCGGAUCUGGCGAACACCACGGCCACACAAAUCAACGAUGCCCUGCGUCCCAUUAAAGAGCAGCUGGACCAAUGGCAGCAGACCUACGGAGACGCCAACGCCACCAACGAUGACAUCAACAACGCCCUGAUGGAGGCCAAUAAGACUGUGCACACGCUGGGUGAGACUAUUCCUAUGCUGAUGAAGAAGCUGGAUAAACUGCAGAAUCACUCCGCCCAGAUGCCAAACAUCUCUGAGAACAUCAGCCGGAUCCGACAGCUCAUACAGCAGGCGCGCAAUGCUGCCAGCAAGGUGGCCGUCCCGGUGAAGUUUAACGGGGAGUCAGGUGUUCAGGUCCGUACUCCGCGUAACCUGGCCGACUUGGCUGCCUACACCUCCCUGAAGCUCUACAUCACUCUGCCGGAGGCAGUACGAACCAGGCGGCAGGACGACGGCACCCAACAGUUUGUCUUCUACCUCGGGAACAAGGAUUCCAGUAAGGAGUUCCUGGGCAUGGCGUUGGAGGGGAAGAGACUGUAUUGGUACUUUAACAUUGGAGGAGAAACUGCUGAGGUGCUGAUGCCUGAAGAUGUAAAGUCUAAUGGAAACUUCAACACCAUAGUGCUGGAGAGGAUCCUCCAGUACGGUCAAAUGUCCAUGUCUUCAGAAGCCCAUGAGGGGGACCAGAGAGUUACCAAAGCCUCUGUGGAGGCUAGAGGGGAUCAGGGGCUGCUCAACCUCUUGACCGACGACACUGUCUUCUAUGUGGGAGGAUACCCGACUACUUUCAAACCCCCUUCCCCACUCGCUCUGCCUAACUUUAAGGGCUGUAUCGAGCUAGAUUCGCUCAACGAGGAAGUGCUCAGUCUGUAUAACUUUGAAAACAUCUUCCAACUCAACACCACAGAGGAGAAGCCUUGUGGCAGGUCCAAGCCGGUGCUGACUCAGGCCUGGGUGAAUGACGCGGCGUAUUUCGACGGUACCGGCUUUGCUGAGAUCAUCUUUACUGAUGAAUCGGCUCGCAUGCAACGCUUCGAACAGGAAGUCAAACUGCUCUCACACAACGGAGUACUGCUCCUGCUGCAAAACGGGAAUCAGUUCCUGUGUCUGGCGGUGCUUCAGGGCAGACUGAAGGUUUAUUAUGAUUUCAGUGGUGAUCUGGUGGAGCUCAAGCCUAAAGAGCCUUCAUCUGAAUUCCUGGAGAUCAGCGACGCCGACCCCAAAGCUCUGGAGAUUAUCAUCCUGCGUUCAAUCCCGAACCGUGUUGUGGUGAGGAACAACCGCAUGGGCCUCUACACCGAACACUUCACAGAGAACAUCCCCCCGUUCAGUGGCAGAUACUACCUGGGAGGAGUACCGGAGCAGAAGAUGCCUGUGAAGUUGAAGUCUCUGUUUCCUAAGCAGGGCUCUCUGAAGGGCUGUUUCAGGAACGUGAAGGCCCAGAACUCUCACAUCGACCUUAAGAGGAUGACAACCUCCGGUGUCAGUUUCGGCUGUGACAGUGACCUGCUGGUGGCUCGUGAGGCACAUUUCUCUGGUCAGAGCUACCUGGACUUGGCUGUGACCAACAUUCCCAGCCUCAGGAACAACUUCUACGCCAGCUUCGGCUUCAGAACCGAGCAGAAGGACGGACUCGUGUUCUACCACCAUGAUCAGGAAGGAGUGUGUGAGGUGUUUUUGCAUGAGGGCCACGUCAUGGUGAGAGCUGGCAACAGUGAGAUUAAGACGCAGAAGACGUACAACGAUGCCAACAGCCACUACAUCGCUAUCUACAACAACAUCAGCGGGAUGCGUCUGUACAUGGACGACGUGCUGGAGCAAGCAAAGGAGGGCAUCCGGCUGGACAGCAGGGGGCGUGGUGUGACGACCACAGAGGGAAGCACCUUCCUGGGAGGAAUGCCCACUCAAAGCCGCACCAAUCUCACGGGAUGUAUCAGCAAUGUUUUCAUCAAGAGGGAAACGAGUCCUCAGAUGGUUUUGAACCUGCUGAAAGCUAAAGACAACGUCAACGUUCCUCUAAGAUGUCCCGCUGCCAAAAAGCCUCAGCAGAUCGUCGCUGCCCAGCCCAAACAAAGCACCAAACCCAAGGGAAAGCACAAGAAGCCGCCGGGGGCUCGCAGUCGUAACACCAGGGAGUCCUGUCAGGGGGAGCUGUCAGACCAGGAGACCGGAGCGACGCACUUCAGCGGCUCCACACACAGCUACCAGAGAUACGACUCUCUGCCCAGCUCGCUCAGCACACUGCCUCACAUCUCCAUGGCGCUGAGGAUUAACUCCUCUGAUGGUUUGGUGCUCUACACAGCUGGCAGAGCUGUGAUGUCACUCAGCGUGUCAGACGGCCACCUGCUGCUUUUGUUGGACGGAGGAAAGCGGAAGGUCAACCUGCGCAGCCGCAAGAAGUACAACGACGACCAGUGGCACACGGUGUUUAUAAAGCGUGAAGGAGAGAAGAUCAGUCUGAUAGUGGACGGCAUCAGCGCUCAGUCUAAGAGGAUCCCCGGAGGAGACGGGACUCGUAUCACCGGGCCUCUAUAUGUCGGAGGAGCCCCGCCCUCGCUGACAGUAAAAACAUCCAGACUACAAAUUACAAACACAAAGGCCGUGGGCUCCGGUGGUUUCGUCGGUUGUGUAAGGGACCUGGCGCUGAAUGAAGCCCCUGCAGGACGCCCCGCUCACAGCCAGGGGACGGUGCCCUGCUUCCUGAAUCCUCUACAGCCCGGAGCGUAUUUCUCUGGCCAGGGAGGACACAUCGCAAUAGAUGAGUCCUUAGUUCUGGGUCGGGAUCUGGAAAUCCAGUUGGAGCUUCGGCCCGUCUCAGACUCUGGGCUGCUGUUGCAUGCUGGGACAUCACCUGACCACCACCUGAGUUUGGUCCUCAGCCAGGGAGAGGUGACUGUUGCAGUAAACAGCGGCAAAGGUGAAUACUCUGCCUCCUUCACUCCUGAAGAACCUCUGUGUAAUGGACGCUGGCACACAGUCACAGUGGUGAAGAAGAACAACGUCCUGCAGCUCCAUGUUGAUGUAGCCAGUGAGCACAGCGUCGGCCCCAAACAGAGCCGCUCUGCAGGGGCCAAAGAGACCGUUUACCUCGGUGGGGUACCCGCUGGCGUCACAGUUCCCGGUCUACCUGCCGGCCUGCCGGCCUUCCAGGGCUGCAUCCGCCAGGCGACGGUCAACCACAGACCUGCCACGUUGUCCAAACCGCUCGCUGUGCACGGAGCUGUGGGGACGCAGGGCUGCCCACACAUGUAGAUCCAACACACACACAGUCUUAUCCUCACAUUCCCCAACUACAAAUUACUGGUGGUGGGUGUCAUGUUACUGUGGCUAAUUUAAAAUAUAUAUUAAUAUUUAUUUUCUAUUUUCAGAAAAAUGUAUAUUUUAUAUUUUCCUGUUUUUUCGUUGCAAUAUUACUGGUUUGUUUUUGUGCUACAGGGUGCUACAACAGUGUCUGCACAUAGAGAUGCACUGAUACAAGUGACUGGUACAAGAUAUCAAAUAUCAACUCUAAUAUCAUAAAUCAAUUAUAAAACGUGUAGUAUAUUGUAAAUAAAAGGCAGCACCGCUUGAUUUUUCUUGCUUUUGCAAACAAGUGGUGAAAAAUAAAUUGUCAAUCAUUUUCGUCCUUUGGCCCCAAACAAAUUUCCUGAAUCUGCAGAAAAGUAAAUGAUGUCUACAGCAGUUAAUCGUGCAUCUCUAGCAGAGAAUGUUAAGAAUACCUACUGAAGUCAGUACACUGUGAACACUGUAAUGUAUGAGCAACGUCCUCAGGCAGCGCAGAUGGGCAAUGUUACCUGUAACAGGGACUAGGACUGGACUUUUGGGAAUAUCCGUUAAGUCUCAGUGACGCAAAGAUGAUCAAACUUAACACAGAGAAAAGGGGGAUAAGAGCUGGCGUCUCUAAUAGUUUAAGCAACUAUUAUUUAGGCAGAAGUCCACUUUCUCCUCCUCCUCCUUACACACAGUCUAACAUGUAAUUUAAGUUUUUGGGGUUUUUUUGGAAAAAGUGCCAGAGACCAUAUUUGCUCUGCAGACCUUUUCGAUCAACCUUGGUGAUAAUGCUGCGUUCAAGUCAUAUUGGAGUUAUUGUAAUUCCCAGUUUUCAUGCCAACAUCCAAAUUGUGAUUGCAACGGAGAAACAGAUUUUUCUGAAAGCUCUAAUGUAUCCUGUGUCAGUCAGUUAAACCCAAAUUUAAUGAACGUAUUGUCAGUGCACAGUAUUGGACACCCUCCUCUGUAAUCAUUCCCACCGGUCCGCUCCUGUCCAGGUUCCAGGCAGCGUUUCCCAUCUCUAUUCCGUCAUAAAUGUAAACAUGUACCAAACAUGAGUGUGAAGCUUGUAUGUAAUAUAAUAACCACUUUUUAAACAUCUCACAGAAGGAAUAAGCUGUCCCUCCCCCUCACUCCUGCCCCCUGUGUUGUAAAUGUAUUUCUAAAUAAAAGGUUUUGUUGUUUUUCUUUUUCAUAAGAAACUGUACUCUUCAGUGCUUGUUUGCCAAUAUAUUUUUUUUUAUUCAGAGUAAAUCACAAAAAAGCCUGAGAGUAUCAGCACUCACUCAGGCUCCGACAGCCUCAACUGUGGUGCAACAACAGAAAGAAAACAUCAAACGUAAGGCUCAAUCCCCUUUGUUUCAUAGAACGGACUCUCUCCUGUCAGAGUAAAAGUAAUGAUCAACAAAACAGAGCUAAUGAUAAACAAUUAGGCCAAACGGUUUACAUGGUGUCCACAGCUCUGCUAACCCUGUGCUGUUCAUCCUGAGUAGGAGCAGAGUGUUGCCUUUGGUAUAAAAAAGGACAAGACAACAUUAAGGGGGGGGGGGGGGGUAAAGAAAAGUACUGAAAUGAAAAGGAA